CAUGCAGUCGGGCUCGGGCGGCUCAGGGGAAAGCUGCCCCAAACGCCCCUCGCCGUCGCCCCCCUUUUUGUCCUCCUCCCCGACCCGUUCUAAACCCGCCGCCGCUCUUCUCUUCUUCUUCCUCCUCCUCCUCCCCUUUCUUAUGAGCCCAGGAUGAGCAACAAAGAGGAGCCGAGCAAGGGCUGCCCACCCGCCGCCGUCACCACCACCAGCACCACCACCACCACCCCGAUUUCCAGCUUCACCAUCCAGUCCAUCCUGGGCAACAGCAAGAGCGGCGGACCCACUUCGGAAGGAGCCUCCGUCUCGUCGUGGCCCGGCAGGAAAAGGAGCCUCUCCGUCUCCUCCGAGGAAGAGGAGCCCGACGAGGGAUGGAAGCCCCCCGCCUGCUUCUGCGGCCCCAAAGAAGUCCCCCACAAGCGGCAGACCCUCGCCGCCUUCGCCUGUCUCGGGAGAGAGAGAAGAUUUGACAUUCUCUGUGAUCUUCCUUCUCUGUUUUCCUUAGGCUCUGCGAAGGGCGUGGGGGCUCCUCUGCCUCCUUCCUCGGAGCGGGGCCCGUCCUUCCUCUCCUCGGCGCCUCCUCCUCUUCCUCUUCCUCUUCCUCCGCCGGACUUGAAGGAGGAGAAGGAGCGUCCCUUCGCGCCGGCUUCUUCCCCGGCUUCCCCGGCGCUGCUGGCGGCGGAGCGCGGCCCCCGCGAGGCUUCCUCCUCCUCCUCGUCCUCCUCGUCGGCCAAGAAGAAGACCCGCACCGUCUUCUCCCGCAGCCAGGUCUACCAGCUGGAGUCCACCUUCGACCUGAAGCGCUACCUGAGCAGCUCGGAGCGGGCCUGCCUGGCCUCCAGCCUCCAGCUGACCGAGACUCAGGUCAAGACCUGGUUCCAGAACCGGCGCAACAAGUGGAAGCGGCAGCUCUCGGCCGAGCUGGAGGCGGCCAACAUGGCCCACGCCUCGGCGCAGACGCUGGUGGGCAUGCCGCUGGUCUUCCGCGACAACGCCCUCCUCCGGGUGCCCGUGCCCCGCUCCCUCGCCUUCCCGGCGCCCCUCUACUACCCCGGAGGGAGCAGCAGCCUCUCCGCCUUGCCCCUCUACAACCUCUACAACAAGAUCGACUACUAGGACUACCACCACCACGACUACUAGUGACUCAGCUCGCACUUGGACGCCCCCUGCUCCAGGAUUCCCUGUGGAAUCGUUUGCACCAUUCAAACAGGGCCCCCGCUUUGGACAGAUUUGGCCCUCCCUUCUCCCCCUUUUAAAGAAAUACACUGUGUGUAUUCA